AUGGGUUCUAAUUAUAAUCUAACUCUACAGUGGAAUCAAGAUUAUUACGACAAACUUCUUCCGAGUGUUUUUCUUCAAGGUGUUAUCUUCCUAUUUGGAUUUAUUGGAAACAUAAUUGUUCUUAUGGUAUAUUUCUUUCGAAUGAAAGCAAAUCGAGACGACCGCUAUUUCAUUCCGAUCUUGGCAGUUUUUGACCUAGUAGCUGGUACAGUGGCAUCUGUGUUUUACGUAUUGGAAUCAAUAUAUUUUGUAGAUUUUCCAUCAACAGGACUCUGUAAAGGUCUUCUUUUUGCAAUGACAAGCACUUCCAGUUUGUCGGCAUUGCUUCUUAUAGCCAUUGCCGUCCAAAGAUAUCUGAAAAUAUGCAAGCCACUAGCAGACCAAAUGGACGAAGCAAAACGAAAAAUAUGUCUUGCUGCUAUAGUUAUAUUUUCUAUUGUUAAUUCGUGUCCUGUUUUACUCUUUUCUGGAAACAAAUAUAUCGAAGGAGAAUUCAACGGCUUGAACGUAACCGGAUGGACGUGUUUUACUGGCUCUGGGAAAUACCCAAACUAUGAAGCAAUUUAUUAUUACAUUAUAUUCUUUUUAAUGGUAGCAAACAUACUCACUAUUGCAUUUCUCUAUAUCCCUAUUGGACUUCAGCUAUAUCGACAUAUAAAACUUAAGGAUUUACGACGGCCAAGCAUGGACAUCGCUUCUACACAAUUUGAAUCUAUAUCGGAAAACAAACCAAGCGAUGGAAGCACAGGUGAAAUUACUCGCAAGAAAUCUAUGCACGCAAGCAAAAUCAAUUUUAACAGCAUGUUUUUGACCAUUAUUAUACUCUAUCUCGUUUCUUACACACCAACUUGUGUUUUUCUGAUCAUAAGUAAAUUAAACCAUGAACUUUGGUACAAUAUUUCUACAACAGAGAUGAUAAUCUACUUUAUUUUACAAAGAUUCUAUGUGAUCAAUCACGUGGUUAAUCCGUUGAUAUACGGUUAUUAUGACUUGAAAUUUCGCAAAGAUUUAGUCAGUCUUUUUCGUUGCUCAUGAUUCUUUGUUUAUAAAGUGUUUUUGUACUUUUUUGUAUAUUUGUGUAUACCAUUGAAAACAUUAUAACAGUA